AUGUCCACUGCCAGUGGCAUUACGAGAACCGGCGGCUUUGGAACGACUUACGGUAACUCUGGAGCUAUGGCUACCACUACCAUCAUCGCCGGAGCCGCACCCUGUUGUCCCAGUAGAAACGGUGGCGUCGACACCACGGAAGGCCUGGCUACAAGCUGCUCCUUCUUGCAUGGGCUUGACUCUGCUGCUGCUGCUGCUGCUGCUGCUGCUGCUUCUUCUGUCGAUGGACUCCCGCUGCGGAGCGGGGAGACAGGAGCGGCGGAAGGAGAAGGUGUGGGGAGUGAGGGGAUCAUGAUGGCGGCAUUGGGCGUGGCUGGAGCGUGGAGGGGUCUGGGAGGGGAAGGAGAAGGGGGGGAAGCAGCUUUUGGUGUUGGGAUCCAGAUCGAAAAGGCGGUGAUUGCGGAGCAUCCACAUGUCACGGUGGAGGGCAAAGGUGGAGAGAUGGUAGGGGAAGCACUGGCGUCACCAGAGCAGUACUACAUGAGGGCCUUUCCAACGAAUGCCGACAAUGUUGCUGAGGUGGGAUGCAUGUUGGAUUCUUCUGGCGUUGUAAUAGCAGGAUAUGGAGCUUCAACUACAGCAUCCCUGUAUGUUUCUGGUGCAAGAAGUGGGAGAAUGGAGGGUGCUAUUGGCACGGCCCCUCACAUACCGUUGGGCAGUGGAGGAAGCAGACAGGCUGAGCACUAUUUCUCACAGCCGCAGUACAACAGGCAGCAGCAGCAGCAGCAGCAGCAGCAGCAGCAGCAGCAGCAGCAGCAGCAGCAGCAGCAGCAGCAGCAGCAACAACAACAACAACAGCUGCCGCAGCUUCAACCACAGCAACGACAGGACCCUUCCCUUCACGCCAUCCUUCUGUCCUGCCCCUGCCGCAUCCUGCCCCUGAUCUGGACCACUUCUCGUCCGCAGCGCUAA